UAUAAUUACAACGCUUACAACACUCACUCUCCAACCUUAUUACUUCGUUCUUCAAGAACCCCCCACUCGAUACGAUGGCUGGUCGCGGCAAGGGCAAGACCUCUGGCAAGAAGGCUGUGAGCCGCAGCGCCAAGGCCGGCCUGCAGUUCCCCGUUGGCCGCAUUGCGCGCUACCUGAAGAAGGGCAAGUACGCCGAGCGCAUCGGUGCCGGCGCGCCCGUGUACCUGGCCGCUGUGCUGGAGUACCUGACCGCUGAGGUGCUGGAGCUGGCCGGCAACGCCGCCCGCGACAACAAGAAGAACCGCAUCGUGCCCCGCCACAUCCAGCUGGCCAUCCGCAACGACGAGGAGCUGGGCAAGCUGCUGGGCGAGGUGACCAUUGCUUCGGGCGGUGUGCUGCCCAACAUCCACGCGGUGCUGCUGCCCAAGAAGACCAAGGGCGGCAAGGGCGAGGAGACCGCCUAAGCGGCUCCUGUUGCACCUCACUUGCACUCUAAAAAAAACUCGGUGUUUCUCAACACCACCUUGGAUGUGAACGUGUAAGGGUUGUUUCUCUAUGAGCAUCGCUAUCCGCAUUCGCUCACUACCGCCCACGUAGUGGUGGCGGUGUAGGGGUGAGGUUUCAUUGCAGCGGGGUGGCAUGUCAGGCAUCGUGCUCAGCAUGCUUACGCAUUAGAGCUCUGGGCCACCAGGCACUGAUACCACUAUCAGCCGGCCAUGCCCCGAGCCAGCUUUGCGAUUGCGGUGUAUCAUGCGUGUCGCUCCUAAGCGUCCCUCCCCUGCUCCCAAGUUGCACCACGCGUCCGCUCCUUCUCGCAGCAUAUGGCGCUAGCAUGCGUGACAGAGUACAUGUCGCCGACUAAGUUGCACACGUUAAUGAUGGCAGCGAUGUUGAGCGACGUGGGCGUCCUCUCAGGUAGGAGCCCACCGGGGCUCAUGAAUGACCUGCUUUCGACAGGCACAGGGGCAGGCUGGUGCGCGUUAGGAGCCUUCCUACACUGUCCUACAUAGCGCAGGUGGUUGCGGGAGCGACUCGUCAUGGCUUGACCGUAUUGAAGUGCGCUGUAUAGCUAGCGU